GGGGGUUCUGUGGAUAUAUAUAUAUAUAUAUAUAUACAAUUUUAUAAUGCGGAUUCAGAGUUUUAUAUGGCCAUUCCUUGGCUGGAGGGUUGUGGAUGCUCUGACGGUGGAUACUUCUCAGGCUGAUUCGAUCAAAAGCGCCGCGAGUUCGGUUGCUGCAAAUUUGGUUUCGUAUUAUCAUGGGAAUGAAUCUGGCCAAACUCCAGGUCUCUUACCUCCACCUUAUUUCUGGUGGGAAGGGGGUGGAAUGUUCAUGACUUUAAUAGAUUAUUGGCGUUACACGGGAGACACUUCAUACAACAGUAUUGUUUCCGAGGCUCUUCUUUUUCAAGCUGGUCCAGAUGCCGACUAUAUGCCUGCAAAUCAGACUAAAGAUGAAGGGAAUGAUGAUCAAGGAUUUUGGGGAAUGGCCGCUAUGUUAGCUGCUGAAUCGAAUUUUCAAAAUCCUCCUGCGGAUCAACCACAGUGGCUUGCAUUGGCUCAAGCGGUGUUCAAUGAAAUGGCUAGUCGAUGGGAUACGAGCACUUGUGGAGGUGGUUUGAGGUGGCAGAUUUUCACUUUCAAUAAUGGGUUCACGUAUAAGAAUUCUAUUGCGAAUGGAUGCUUUUUUAAUAUUGGAGCUAGAUUGGCUAGGUAUACGGGAAAUCAAACGUAUGCAGAUUGGGCGGAGACGAUUUGGCAAUGGGAACAGAGUGUAGGGUUGAUUGAUAGUGGAUACAAUAUCUAUGAUGGGAGUAGUGAUACAGAUAAUUGUGCGAGUGUGGAUCGAUUGCAGUGGAGUUAUAAUGCGGGGAUUUAUUUGCACGGGGCGGCGAACAUGUUUAAUUAUACCGACGGUAACUCUACCUGGCAACAACGCACUAAUCAAUUAAUGAACACCUCACUUAAUAUAUUCGCCUCCAAUAAAACAAACUCCAUCAUCACGGAACAGGCGUGCGAAGCGGUCGAUAAGUGUGACACUGAUCAACUGUCUUUCAAAGCCUAUUUCACAGCUUGGCUCGCCUCAACAUCUAUCCUCGCGCCUUUUACCGCUAACCGUAUCUUUCCCGUCUUGCAAAGCAGCGCGAAAGCAGCAGGGGGGCAAUGUGUGGGUAAGGGUGAUGCGUGUGGAUUUAAAUGGACGGAAGCGACGUUUGAUGGGAAUAUGGGGGUGGGACAACAGAUGAGUGCAUUGGGGGCGAUACAGAGCGCGAUGGUGGCGGUUCCGGGAACGGAUAAUGCGAGGAUAGGACCGGUGACGAAUAGUACGGGAGGGACGAGUACCGGGGAUAGUGGGGCCGGUAGUGGGAAGACGGGGAGGCAGGGCAUGCAAAGGGGUGAUGUGAUGGUUACGAGGGGAGAUCGGGCGGGGGCGGCGGUGUUGACGGUUUUGGUGCUGGUGAGCUUUUGUGGGGGAGCGGGAUUUAUGGUUUUGGAAGGGUAGGGGAGCAGAGGGAAGGGGAAGAGAGGAGGAGAAAAUGAUUUCAUGGAAGUUAUGGAAUGGAGUGGAGUUAUAUGGGAUGAGUUUGAGAUAUCUUUUCUGAGUACAUUUUUCUUCUCGGGAUCAAAAGAUGAUAUUGGAUAUAUAUAUAUAUAUAUAUAUACAUAUAUGUAUACCCA